AUGGGGGAAUUGAAUUUCUUCUUGAGUCUACAAGUCAAGCAAACUCCUAAGGGCACAAUGAUAAGUCAGCAGAAGUAUAUCAAAGAGCUUCUGAAGAGAUUUGAAAUGGAAAGCUCAAAAAUCAUUGAUACUCCCAUUACCACUACCACUCGUCUGGACAUGGAUGAACCUGGUUCACCUGUGAAUGAGACCAUGUAUAGAGGUAUCAUUGGGUCACUCAUGUAUCUCACAGCAAGCAGACCGGAUAUCGUUUUCAGUGUGGGACUGUGCGCCAAAUUUCAAUCUAAUCCAAAAGAAUCCCAUCUGAAGGCUACCAAGAGAAUCUUGAGAUAUCUCAAAGGAAUGCAGGACCUGGUUCUCUACUAUCCCUUAGGAGACAAUUUUGAUUUAAUCGAAUAUGCUGACGUUGAUUAUGCUAGUUAUCUAGUGGAUAGGAAAAGCACUUCUGGCAUGGCACAUUUUCUGUAUUCAUGCCUAAUCUCAUGGGGUAUAAGAAAACAAAACUCAAUGGCUCUUUCAACUGCAGAAGCUGCAUAUAUGGCAACUGCCUCUUGCUGUGCUCAACUGUUGUGGAUCAUGAAGCAGCUGGAAGAUUUUGGUGUGUUUUCUGAUUGCGUAGACACACAUGACGAUUACAGAGCAAACGAGUAG